AGUUCUUUCGGUGAAUGUUGGGUGCGAUUACCAGCGAUUACUUUGUGCGACUUUUUAGAAUUUAACUUUAAACGUUAUUAGUUGCUCAGAUGGCUCAACGAUUUUAGUGAAACUUUGUUCGGUGCAAAAUUCGGAAAGUGAAAGUGAAUUGGUGUGCUGUAAUGUAGAUUGGCGUAUAAAUUAUCUCGAACACAAACUCUAAAUUGCAUUUCGAACAAAAAUUCAAGUGCGCCAUACGCGUAAAUGUGUUGUGAAUUUAAGCUCAAAGUGACUACACUUUAAAACAUGUGGAGUUCGCGAUCAUAAAAUCUAAAAGUAGGUAAAUCAAAUUUGCAACAAAUCUUUUGGUGUAAAAUGAAACUUUACUUCGAGGAUAAUUCAAAUUCGUUUUGUGCAUUAGUAGUAAUUGAUUUGAAAAGGAGCUGGAAGUGAUUUUACGAAUCAGUUAAGUUUGUGUAAAAAUUUUAUGGAAAUGGAGGAGUGCUUCGCGAAACUGUUGGAGGGACAUCGGCUUCGUCCAUCUCCACCUAUGCCCGUCUACUUCAUCUCGCCCUGUGGCCUGACCAAGGGCAAAUGCUGGACUUCAAGGCUUCCUGACCUUCGCUACUCGUCUGUUCUUCUCUUCGAUCCUCGAUGCAGUUUGUCCCCGCCAAAAGUCCUGUUGUGUUUACGUGAGCUUGAAUUAAAUAGACUGAAACAAGUGUGA